AUGGAAAGGAAAAUGAACUUAAGAAAUGGAAAACAGGUAGGUACAGAAGAAAGAUCAGAAGAGGAAAAGGAAGAACGAAGGCAUAGAAGUGGUGAUUUUGAGGUGCAGUAUUUAGAACAAGGAAGAGAACAAUCAGAUGGAAAUGUGACAGGGGAUGAAUUGGAAGAACAGGAGGAUAGGAGACAACAAAGAAACAAUUAUGAUCAAUUAAUGGAAUUUUUGAUUAGUAUGAGGGGAGAAAUUAAACAAGAUAUGAAUAAUAUGAGGGGAGAUUUUAAUGAAAAGAUGGAUAAUAUUAAUGGAAAUAUGAAUAGAUUGGAGAGGAAAAUUGAAGAGGUUAAAAUUGAAGGUUUGAAGGAAAUUAAGAAACUUAGACAAGAAAAUGAAGAUUUUAAAAAAAGAAUUGAUAAGGUGCAAGAAAAUAUGGAACAUCAAAAUAAGAAUCUAAGAAUGGAGAUCCAAGAAAAUGGGAUCAAAAUCAGAGAAGAAAUUAAAAAAAAGGUAGUGGAAGAGGUUCAAGCAUUAGGAAAAUGCAUAGAAGAAAAUUUACCAGAAACAAUACUAAUGGAAGUUACAAGACAAAAUGAAGAAAAUAAAGGAUUUGAUGGAGAUGAACAUGCACUAAUGUGGUUUUGCAAUAAAGAAGAGCAGAUUAUAGAUAUGGAAGGUUUUGAAACACAAUUUUUAAUGUAUUUCUGGGGGGAAAUUCAACAGGCCAAUUUUCGAGAACGGUUGUAUUUCGGAAAAUUUGACUACAAUAAAAAUAAAAAUUUAAAUUCUUAUGCUAUGCAACUCUAUAAUAUAGCACAAUAUCUAGAACCAGCAAUGAAGGAGGAAGAAUUAGUUUUAUAUGUAGGAAGACAUUUUAAUGCUGAGAUGUCUGAAACGAUAGUUCUGCAUAAUAUAAAGACUAUGGAUAAUAUGUCAAGUUAUUUACAAAGAGUUGAAAGGAGUAUACAAAAUGGAGGUAGAGAAAUAGAGGUAGAGAAAUAG